UGGUGGUGAGAAUUUCCCUCCCUGGGUUUGUGAUCCAUCAUUAUUUUUCAAUUUAUCAUCCAUGGAGCUUCGUAGAUGUAAGAGAUGCAUUUUGUUACCAUCUUUUGGCCUACUACCUGUUCUCAAAAAAUUGAUUAUUGAAGGCAUGGGUUCAAUAGAAGCUAUAGGUUCUGAGUUUUAUGGGCAGCAUGGCUCUUUUCCAUCACUGGUUGAACUGGUGUUUAGAAACAUGCUAGAGUGGAGGGAAUGGACUUCUCCAACUGGAAGUGCAGGUGAAUUCCCUUGUCUUCAUAAGCUUGUGAUUGAAAAUUGUCCUAAGUUGUUAGGACAAUUACCCAACAACCUUUCUUCACUUAAAGAGUUAGAUGUUAGCAGCUGCAACGGGAUGCUUUUGAAGAGCAUGAGUCUUCCAUCAUUGAAAGAGUUGUCUAUUAGCUACUGCAACGAGGUGCUUUUUAAGAGCAUGGUUGAUCUCACUUCCCUCACUAACUUGAGAAUUGGGCAAAUUUCAGAACUGACUUGCUUGCCUGAGAGUUUUACACAGUCUUGUACAGCACUUGAGACUUUGUAUAUUUCUAAUUGCAAUGAUCUUACUUGUUUGUGGGAGGAAGGGACAGAUAUAGAACAAACCCUCUUGCCUUUCAAUCUUAAACAUCUUAUCCUCCAGAACUGUAGAGCCUUGGAGUCAUUACCCAAUGCAAUGAUGAUCAGGAUGGAUGGAAGCAGUAGCAACAACACUAGUAUGUUGAUGUCGAGACUAGAAAGGUUGGAAAUUCGUUAUUGUGAUUCUCUCAAGUCGUUUCCAAGAGGCAAAUUACCCAGCUCACUUAAAUACUUGAGUAUAAAUGAAUGUAAAGGUCUUGAGUCUUUACCAGAUGCUGAUGGUGACAAUCUACAUUUGGAAAUAAUGAAUGUUUCAUGUUUGUAUUCUUCUCAGGGUAGUUGUCAUCAGCUAUCAGCUUUUCUCAAGAAAUUUAGAGUUACUGAUGGUGGCGAGUGGUUGGAAUCAUUUCCAGAGAGAAUGUUGCAGAAUUGUACGGGACUCCAAUCCAUUUUUAUUUCGAAUUGUAAAAUAUUGAAAAGUUUACCCAACCUUAAUUACGGCAGCAAUCUCGUUGAAUUAUAUAUUUACAGGUGUGAAGUUUUAGAGUCCAUACCAGAAGAGUUGUGGUCAUGCACCCCCAAUCUUAAGCAGUUGUGGAUACAAGAGUGUGAGAAUUUCAAAUCCCUCCCAAAUACGAUGUACCAGCUGAAAUUUCUUCAAACCCUAUGGAUGUUUCACUGCCCCAGCAUCGAGUUCAUUCCAGAUGGGGGUUUGCCCCCAAACUUAAUAGAUCUUCAAUUAAUUUGGUGUAAGAAUCUCAAGUGUGUGCCGAAUACAAUGUACCAGCUCACAUCGAUUCAGGAUCUAGUUCUUUCAGAUGAGGCUUUGAUGAUGGGCCUCCAAAACCUUACGUCUCUUCGAUCGUUGACAAUUAUGGAGAAAUUCCCUCUGGAUAUUGUGCUGCCUUCUACUUUAACCUAUCUUCAGAUCGAGAAAGAAGAAAAUUUGGAAUCCAUACCUGGGGGGCUAUUCCAAAACCUAAGCUCCCUUCAAAGCUUAGAAAUAAGAAACUGCCCGAAGCUACGAUCUUUGCCAAAGGAAGCCUUCCCUCCCUCACUUGGACAACUAUACAUCCACGGGUGUCCGCAUCUAAAUCGACAGCGCUUUGAGGCGGGAGGAGACUACUGGACUCUUACUUGGAGCAUUCCCGAUGUUUCGGUCUACUAGGCAUAGUUUCACAAUCACGAUUUUUACACGAAAGGCCUGCUACAGUUCACGUGCCCCAUGGCAACUGGUGCACUCUAAAAACAUCGCAUGUCUCUGGCUUGGUGGCUGGUGGGAAGCCCAAUUCUUCUCUAAUAUCAUGUAUGAAGACAUGGAAAUCUACUGUGACGGCCAAAUCCGGUGGAAUUGAUGCUAGAGGUCUGUGAUGAGACAGAUAUAUUGCUGAGCUGAAAAUGAAGAUUGGAGACUUUGAGAUGCAUCUGAAACAGAAUGUUGGGGCAACAAAAGCACCUUUGUCCAAUAUUCCCCCACGACAGCACCACCUAUUCCAACUAAACCUAUGAAUGAAUUAGCUCCUGUAGCAGCUGCUGUUGCCCCAUCACCUCCUCCACCACCAAAAUCCUCUCCAGAAAAAACCACUCCAUUUACAAAGGUCUUCUUUGGGAAGUCAUCAAAAUUGACUGGUAGAGCGAGCUAGCUACAACCAAUUGUUGAUGAGGUUAUUUCGAAGGGAAUGAGUGGUUAGCCUUGGCAUCACAGGAAUUCACAAUCACCAAUGAGCUUGCAAAAUGAUGUUCUUAGGCAAGCCAACCAAUUUUAAUUUUAAGUUCAAUAUUACAGGACCUCAUGCUCUCCAUUCUGAAGAAUUGGGAAGACUUUUGAAACAAGCAGGUGUUGAUGUUCAAAUGAGAUUUUUCUAUAAGCUGGAACUGGAACGUAGAUGACCUUUUCCAAAUUAAACAAGCUUGUAAGUUGGAACUGAAACACAGAUGGCCUUUGCUGAAUUAUAUAAGCUUGUAAUUUGACUAAAUCAAGCUGUAGUUUUACAAGUUUUUAAUUUGGAAAAGCAGAUCUUACUCUGUACGUAUCCAAAUUACCUCUUUAAAAUUUUAUUGUGAAGCCUAUUUGCUUUCCUGUUGUCAUUGUUUAGAACAGGGAAUCAAAUUUUGAUAUAUCAGGCUAUCUCUACAAUUCAUUUUACUUUAGCAAAAUUAUACAUUUUGAUGAUAUACUAGUAUAUCUUGCACUUAUCCCUCUUUCUUUUUUAUGUUACAAUUGAUGCUUUCUGUGUGCCCUAAAUUCAGUUUAGCCUUUGAUUUUUCUAUUUUCCCAUUCUUUUUUAAUGUUCCCUAUUGCUUGUGCAGAGGAUAUAGCAAAAUCUUGUUAGGCCUCUAUAGGAUCCCUUUGUUUUGUGACUUGCUUUUUCCUUUUAUGUGCUAGAAGUUAUCUUCUUAUCUCACAUUUCCCAUAAUUUUAGGGACU